CGUGGGGCCCUGGCAGCGCCCCCAAGCUCUCAGGGCUGGACUCUUGCACAGCGGGGGGUGAGGAAGGGGCUCUUCGCUGGGACAGGAGGCCACCUCCUAGCCAGGAAGCCAAGCGGAGGACCUGAGCCGGCGGCGAAGCUCGGGGGCUGGAGGCUCAGAGACGAAUCUUUCCCACCCUCCAUCCUCGUCCACACCUCCAGCUGCAGCUCUGUGGCCUUAAAAUAGGCCAGGCGUGCUGGGCCGUUAGUGCUGGUCCACUGCUAGUCCUGGACCCUGGGAUGGGUACCUAGAUCCCCCGCCCAACGCCAGCUCCAACCUGGAUCUGGAUGGAGCUAAGGGCAGCACCUGUUGGCCUUCACAAAUCAGAACUGAGGAUCCAGGAGUGGGACUGAGACUUGUCUUCCUUUGCACCUCAGCAGGAUACCACCUCACCUGGAAAUUCAUCUUUAAGAGGAUGAACAAUCAAUAUAUCCGUCGAGAAGUCUUCUGCUGUGAAACUUGCCAUGAGCUCAAAAGCUUCUGGGAGAAAGAAAUUAGAAAACAGACUUGUUACCGGGAACUGGAAGAAGAUCGACAGGGAAGGAGUGCCCUGGGAAAGUAUGUGGAUUGUUUCUCUGCUCUUUUUAGAGGUAGAUUUCCCCAGAAAUAUACCAGAUGUAGAGAUGGGGGAAACUAACUUAUUUUCAUUACCCACUGUCCUAAGAGUACAAAUUUUGGAGAUGGUAUGGUCAAGUCAGUGUAGCCACAAGACAAAAGGAGAAUGAGGCUUAGAAGGAAGACAUUUAUUAUACUCACAACCUUCAGAAAGAGCAUCCCUGCAUGCCAUGCAGGGCCACAGGGGAAGCACCAGGUUUUUGACAGAUGGCAGUAGACAGAAACAAAGGAAACGGCUAUGCCAGAGCCUUUAUUGGGAUUUCUGAGGAAAAGUCAAGGCAGGGCAGAGUAAACAGCUUAAGGUUGGCUAGCUUGAAUAAUUCCCAAUAGUUUGAGGAUUUAAGGAUGAUCUGGUAUGUGGCCUGGCCCUGGAAUGAUAUAGGACAGGGGAAAUAUGACUUUAUGUCUAAGAGUUAGAUAAGGAGGUGGUUGGGGCCACAGACUUAGGAUUGGUUAACACACAGAAGAAAGGGAAGGGCAGUCUUUCUGUGGCCAGAAAGCUUUUUUAUUUUUAUUUUAUUUUAUUUUUUCAUGGCUGCACCCAUGGCAUAUGGAAG